AGUGAUAUAUUAAGACAAUAAUCAUUAUCAUUAAUAAUAAUAAUAAUAAUAAUUAUUAUUAUUAUUAACAUUUUUGUCAAAUAUCAGAUUUCAAGUGUAGCAUAUAAGUUGUCAAAUAAAAAAAGAAUUAAAAGAAAAAAAGAAAAAAUAAAACAAACAAUCAUUAUCAUUUCUUUUUUACAUUCAAUUCUAAUAUAAUUUUAAUUAAAAUUAUUUGAAUUAUUUUAAAUCUAUUAUCAAAGAAUAUAUAAAAAGAAAAUGUAUGAUAUUGGCCUAUAUUAAAAUAUUAUAAAAAUCAGAUUAUCACCAACACAAGUAUCACAAACAUUAACAAUGACAACAGAACAACAACAAGAAGAUAAAACAAAUAAAAAUUCCAAUGAACCUCAACUUGUUACUAAUAAAGAAGAUGAUACACUUUUUGAAUAUUCAAAAGUUAGUGAAGUUGAAACUGUUUCAAAAGACAAAUUACCAAAUUUAUUAUCACAAAUUUCAGUUAAUACUCAACCAUUGAAUGAUUAUGAUCAAUCACAAGAGGCAACAAAUUCAACAGACAACACACCAACAAGUGAUACAAAAUCCAAAGCAAAUGGUCCUCCACUAAAAAAGAUCAUACGAUCAUCCAUUACAGAAACUGAAGAAGUUAAAGAGAAGUCUGUCAAAUCUUACUUUGAUACUGUUUCAUCAGCUGGUUAUCCUACAUCACCACCGGACUUUUCUGAUUAUGUUAAGACACGUGUAACAAAUAAAUACCCAAGUUAUUCAUCUUCUUGCAGUUCAUAUCAAUAUCAUCAUCAUGUAGAAAAUUUACCUAAAAAAUCGGAUGAAAAUAUCAAUGGUCACAGUAAUUUGACAUCACAUAAAGUUUUAUCUACGGUUACUAAAUUAGCACCCGAGAGUAAUGUGCCUCAAACAAAUAAUUAUGAAAGUAUAUCAAGACCACAAAUCAGUGUUCCAAUUAAAAUACGACGUAUACCACAAGAUGUUAGGGUAAUUCACACAUCAACUACACCUACCUUAAAUAGAUUAGACGAAUUUAAACGGAACUGUGAACGAGCAACAAGACAAUGGGAACAAGUGAUCAAUAAUAAAAAUAAUAAUAAAUUGACAGAAGAAAUAAUGGUUCGCAGAAUAGCUGAAUUGGAAUCCUGUGUAAAAGAGGCUGAAAAUUUAUUAAAAUUAUUUGUAGCAGAAGUCCGUGAUGUACGCGCAACAGCUGAUUAUUGGUCAAAGAAAACAACAAAUUUAGAAAAAUCUUAUCAUAAUUUACAUGGAAAAGUUAAAGAUUAUCGUUUUAAUGCAAAACAAAGUGAAAAUGAAUAUUUGAAAGCUAUGGAAGAACGUGAUUACUUUUUACAAAGUCUACGAGAAUCAGAAACAAGAGAACAAAACUUAUCAAAUUUACUUCAACGUGUUGAAGAUGAAUAUAAUACAUUAUCAAGAGAUAUAAGAAUUUUAGAACGAGCUCAUGCCAAAAAAGAUCGUCAAUUACAAAAUUUAUUAUUAGAAAAAAAUGAACUUUCUAGAAAAAUUAUACAUUUAGAAUCAACUUUGCAUAAAUUAAAAAAUCGAGCAGAAUACACAUAUCGGCAAAAACACUCAUCUCAUAAAGAUGAACCCAUAAGUCGACUUCAUACCCAACUUGGUGAUGAAUCUGAAUAUGUACUAAGUGACUUCGGUUCAUUAGAUAGAAACCAAAAGAUAUACACAAUGACUGCAUCAAUAGAUGAAAGACAGAACAAAAACACUCUAAUUGGUAUUAAUCAAAAUUUAGAUGAUUCUGAUACGUAUAUACCACAAAAAUCGGAUUCAUUCAAAGUCUGUGGAUCAGUAGAAUUAUUAGAUGGUAAAAAACAAAGCUAUUUGUCCAACAAAAACAUGUCAGACUCUUUAAUAACUACAAAAAUAAGUGAAAAUAAUAUCAAUACACAGGAUCAUAAAGAUUCACUUGAUGAUCAAAAUGUUGAUUUGUCACCAACAACAAUUGGCAAUGAUGAACAGAUUCAUCAUCAAUCAGAACAUUUAAUACAACAUCGAUCAGUUGAAAAAAGUAUGGAUGAUUUAUCGGAUACUUUAGUAGAUUUAAAUAAUUUAACUAGGCAAGAUGAUAUGGAUAUUGAGAUACAACCAAGAGAUUCAACAAAUAAUUACCAUAGAAAAUGGAGUAUUGCAUCCGAUUAUCAAUAUUCGCCUAAUCAACAUAUUAAGUCAUUAAAAAAAGAUGCUUUAUCAACUGAAGAUGAAUCAUUAAAACAUAGAUCUCAAGUACAAGUUGUUGUUGGGCGAUCACCAUCAACUGAAAAAAAACGAAGAACAGUUCAUACCAGUCAUUCACAUAAAAAGUAUUCAUAUAAGAAAAUUUUUGAUCAGCCUGUAUUGCCAUCUGUAUUCAGUACUAACAGCCUUCGAUUUAAUAGACAUCGUCCAGCAUCAGUCUCUGGUUAUCUGGAUGAAUGCGCACUAAACAGGUCGUACGAUUUAUACCCUGUACCAUCGUCAGCUAGACCAAGUACCAGUUUUGGACAUUUACAUAAUUCUAAACGUUUAAAAUCACUGGAAAGAGAUUAUUAUACAUCUUGUCAAAAUUUAAGUACAAAACCUUACUCCACUGUAAAACUGAAUCGUCAAGUAAAUCGAAAACCUCUCAUUAUUCACUCACAUUCAGAUCGUCGUUUAAGAGAUAUGCAACAUGCGAAUUAUUUACGUCAUGGCAAUCGCAUGGAUAACGAAUAUGAACGAAUUUACUUUCCCCAGUCAUAUUCAUCACAUCAUUUAAAAAUUCCAGAAAAGACAUGUUUGGAAAGUAGUUUAGAUCAUAUCAAUCUUGAAGUGGAUCGUUUACGAGAUUGUAUUAAAUUAUUAAAUCCAUAAACAAAGUAUUGUGAUAGUUUAAAAUAAAUUUUUUUUAAGAAAAAGAACAUAAAUAAUCAAUUUUCUUUUUAUAUUACAAUGCAUAAAUAUAUUCGAAUAUUUUAGCUUACAUAAUUGAACAGAGUAAAUGUUGUCAAAGAAAUAUAGACUUAUUUUAAAUAUGAAUUGAUCAAAUUAACAAGCGGGAAUUUCAAAUUAUGGAUUCAAUAAAUUUCUACGUAUGAACAUUUUUGUUUACAAGAAAAUAUACUACUGACUAAAAAUAUUCAAAUACACAUAUCAUUUUUUUAAAAAAAAAAUACAAAAUAAGUAUUUCCAUAAUUUUGUAAUCAGCAACUUAAUUGAUAAAUGUAAUUUUUUUCUAAAGUCAUUAUUUCUUUUUUUAAUUGAAUAUUAGUUAUUGAGCAUCAUUAUUGUUGUUUUAUUUUGUCUGUUUCGAUUUUUGUUUUCUCAUUUGAAAUAAACAAUGAUGAAUAGAAUUGAUUUUUCAAGUGUAUUUUUUGCUUCUCAUUUUAUUGUCAUUAAACAAUUUGAGUACUUAUGUAUUAAUGUUCAUAAUGUCUAAUACUUAACGAAUGUGUUGUGAGUGUUUUGGCCAUUAAGUAAACAUGUUUCUUAGUUGCCUAUUUGCUGGAUUUAUUCGAAAGUAUACAGAAUUAUCUUUCUUGUUGAUGACUUUAUUCAUAACGGUUCCGAGAUUAAUUUUUGUCAAUGGCAUAAUAAUAACUGAAGAAUCGAUGAAAAAUCAGAGAUUGAUUCAGUAACUCAUUCGUUAUAAACAAUUUCAAGGAUUUAAAUCUACAACUUUCAAACUUCAUAUUCACUACACAACUUAUAGACCGCUGAAUAAAAAGGUGAAUAUUUCUCAUUUUUAGUUUAAAAACCAUUCAUAUUAAAGAAUUGUUGUCGAAACGUGUUUAAUUCAAGGAUUCAGCACAGAACAAAUACUUAUAUAUCGAAUAUGAGUAUCUAUUUCGAAUACAUUUCAUUUGAAAUAGUAAACAAACCAACUCAUCCAGGUUCACAUAAUAUUAGAAUCAUAUUUCAGUUUGUUACUUAUCGUUAAAUUUUGUCAGAUUAGUAAGAAUUAGUAAACGUUGAUAUGAUAAUUUGAUUUUGUAGUCAAGUGUUUACCUGGAAUCUGUACUUUUGUGAGAAAGACAAAUGUGAUAUUCUCCGAAAUAAAACAAAUAAGAAAAUCAGUCAUAAUCUACAUUUCAGUAUCAUUGUCAAGAACAUAAAAUUUAAUAAUGUUUACCAUGAAUACUUAUAUUUAUUAUGUGAUCAUAUUUUAUAUUUGCUGAACAAUAUUCGGUUUUGAUUAGACAGAUAGAUAUAUUUGACAAUAAAAGCUAAAAUUACGGUAAAAGAAGGAAAACCAGAAUCUAUUGCUUAUUAGUUAAU